AUGAACGAAGUCACCCGCUACCUCAAGUCGGGGGUGGCUCCAAGUACCCCCGCCCCCAAUACGUCAGUGUUGUCCGCUGCCGGUCAGGCUGACUGGGCAGCCAAGCGUCUAGUGUGGGUGCCGUCAGAGAAGCAUGGCUUUGAGGCGGCCAGCAUCAAGGAGGAGCGUGGCGACGCUGUGGAAGUGGAGCUUAGCGACAGCCAGAGACUGAUGACGCUGUCCAGAGAGGAGGUGCAACGGAUGAACCCACCACGCUUCAGCAAAGUGGAGGACAUGGCCGACCUCACCUGCCUCAAUGAAGCAUCUGUGCUGCACAACCUGAGGGAAAGAUACUACUCAGGCUUGAUUUAUACAUAUUCCGGCCUUUUCUGCGUGGUGGUUAACCCCUACAAGAACCUUCCCAUCUACACCGAGAACAUUGUGGAAAUGUAUCGGGGCAAAAAGCGGCAUGAGAUGCCGCCUCACAUUUACGCCAUAUCUGAAGCGGCCUAUCGCAGCAUGCUGCAAGAUCGAGAAGAUCAGUCAAUCCUGUGCACGGGCGAGUCUGGCGCAGGCAAAACAGAAAACACGAAGAAAGUCAUUCAGUAUCUGGCUCACGUCGCUUCUUCUCACAAGGGCGCUACCCCGAACAGGACCAAAGAAGCUUUACAGAUGGAUGGCAAUCGCUCCUUAACCAGGGGCACCACUUUGGUGAACAAGGGGGAGCUGGAGAAACAAUUGCUGCAAGCCAACCCCAUACUGGAGGCCUUUGGCAAUGCAAAAACUACUAAGAAUGAUAAUUCUUCAAGAUUUGGUAAAUUCAUCCGCAUUAAUUUUGAUGUUACGGGAUACAUCGUUGGUGCCAAUAUCGAGACCUACCUCCUGGAAAAGUCCCGGGCCACCCGGCAGGCCAAAGAUGAGAGAACAUUCCACAUCUUUUACCAAAUGUUGCAUGGAGCUCCUGAGGCAACUAAAUCUGACCUGCUCUUAGGAACUGCCGACGAGUACCGCUUUCUCAGUGGCGGGUCCAUAACUGUUCCCGGUCAGAGCGAUUCAGAGAACUUCACCCAGACUAUGGACUCCAUGGCCAUAAUGGGUUUCACCACAGAUGAGUGCACGUCCAUGCUGAAGGUGAUAUCCGCCGUGCUCCAGUUCGGAAACAUUUCUUUCACAAAAGAGAAGAACCACGAUCAAGCGUCCAUGCCUGACAACACUGCGGCUCAGAAACUAUGCCACCUGCUGGGCAUGAACGUGCUUGAGUUCACGAGAGCCAUCCUCACUCCAAGGAUUAAAGUGGGCAGGGAGUAUGUGCAGAAGGCCCAAACUAAGGAACAGGCUGACUUCGCCGUGGAAGCUCUGGCCAAGGCCACAUAUGAGCGGCUUUUCAGGUGGCUGGUGCACAGAAUCAACAGAGCUUUGGACCGCAGACAGAGACAGGGAGCCUCCUUUAUUGGUAUCCUGGAUAUUGCUGGUUUUGAGAUCUUCCUGCUCAACUCCUUCGAGCAGCUGUGCAUCAACUACACCAACGAGAAGCUGCAGCAGCUCUUCAACCACACUAUGUUCAUCCUGGAGCAGGAAGAGUACCAACGCGAAGGCAUCGAGUGGAAUUUCAUCGACUUUGGACUUGACUUGCAGCCGUGUAUUGAUCUUAUUGAAAGGCCGGCCCACCCUCCCGGUGUUCUGGCCCUGUUGGACGAAGAGUGCUGGUUCCCUCGAGCUACAGACCAGUCAUUUGUGGAAAAGCUUACCAGUCAGCAAGGAAACCAUCCCAAAUUCUUCAAAUCCAAGCAGCCGCGUGGCGAGGCUGACUUCUCAAUCAUUCACUAUGCCGGCAAGGUUGACUACAAAGCCAAUGAUUGGUUGGUGAAGAACAUGGACCCCCUUAACGACAAUGUGGCGUCUCUUCUCCAUCAGUCAUCUGAUCAUUUUGUUUCCGAGCUCUGGAAGGAAGAUAUUCAAACUCUACCUCGCGCCUACUUCUUUGACAACUAUACCACACUACAGGCAAAUGGCUCCGACAUGGACCGUAUCAUAAGUCUGGACCAAGUGUCAUCAUCUUCCGAGAGCAGCGGACCAGUCACAUUUGGCGCAGCUGGACUAAAGACGAAGAAGGGAAUGUUCAGGACGGUGGGUCAGCUUUACAAAGAGUCUCUCGGCAAGCUGAUGGCCACAUUGAGGAACACCAACCCCAACUUCCUGCGCUGCAUUAUUCCAAACCAUGAGAAGAGAGCUGGCAAGCUAGCACCGCACUUAGUUUUGGACCAACUGAGGUGCAACGGCGUCCUCGAAGGGAUCCGUAUCUGCCGACAAGGCUUCCCUAAUCGCAUCCCCUUCCAGGAGUUCAGACAGAGAUAUGAGAUUCUGACUCCCAAUGCUAUUCCUCGCACCUUCAUGGAUGGAAAACAGGCAUCAGAACUCAUGAUCAAAGCUUUGGAGCUGGAUUCCAAUCUGUACCGGGUGGGUCAAAGCAAAGUGUUCUUCAGAGCCGGCGUGCUGGCUCACCUAGAAGAGGAGCGAGACUUAAAGAUCACAGAUACCAUCAUACGCUUCCAAAGUGCGGCGAGAGGCUUCCUUGCGCGCAAAGCUUUCAUGAAGAAGCAGCAACAGCUGAGUGCUCUGAGAGUGAUGCAGAGGAACUGUCAUGCUUACCUCAUACUCAAAAACUGGCAGUGGUGGCGGCUUUUCACUAAGGUGAAACCCCUACUUCAGGUGACCCGUCAGGAUGAGGAGAUCCAGCUGAGAGAAGCGGAGCUGGUGAAAGCCAAGGAAAAAAUUACCCGAUUGGAGCAGGACUUCACCGACCUGGACAAGAAACACUCUAUGCUGUUAGAGGAGAAAGCAGUGUUGACCGACCAGCUUCAGGCCGAAGCAGAGCUGUUCGCAGAGGCCGAGGAAAUGCGGUCAAGGCUGGCUAGCCGCAAGCAGGAGCUAGAGGACGUCCUGACUGAGGUGGAGAGCCGCUUGGAGGAAGAGGAGGAGAGGGGCAUACAGAUGACCAACGAGAAGAAGAAAAUGCAGCAGACUAUUCAGGACCUGGAGGAACAGCUGGAAGAGGAAGAAGGAGCCAGACAGCGCCUCCUGCUGGAGAAAGUGUCCCUCGAGACCAAAGUCAAAAGUCUGGAGAAUGACAUUCUGACUACAAUCGAGCAGAAAGAUCGCCUCGCCAAGGAAAAGAAGCAGGUGGAGGAGCGUCUGAGUGAAGUGACGGACCAUCUUACCGAAGAAGAGGAAAAAAGCAAAAGUCUCAGCAAACUCAAGAACAAACAGGAGGCCGUCAUCGCUGACUUAGAAGAUCGUCUAAAGCGAGAGGAGCAAGGUCGUAUGGAGCAGGAGAAGUGGAAGAGGAGAAUGGAAGGCGAGGCUUUGGAGGCGCAAGAGCAGCUGUCCGACAUGGGCCUGAUUUCCAACGAGCUGAAAGGGACUCUGAGCCAGAAGGAGAAAGAAAUAACCGCUCUGCAGACUCGCUUAGAGGAGGAGAACGCGAGGCGCUCCGAAGCUCAGAGGUCAAUGAGGGAGGCCUUGUCGCAGGUUUCGGAGCUGAAGGAGGAAGUGGAGAACGAGCGAGGCAUGAGAGAGAGAGCGGAGAAGCAGAGGCGAGAUCUCAGCGAGGAGCUGGAGGCUUUGAGGACUGAGCUGGAGGACACUCUUGACACCACCGCUGCCCAGCAGGAGCUCAGGUCUCGUCGAGAGGCAGAGUUAAAUGACCUGCAGCGUUGCGUAGAAGACGAGACACGUCGCCACGAGGCACAACUGUCGGAGCUCCGAGUCAAGCACAGUGCCACCAUAGACAAUCUUCAGGAGCAGCUGGACAACAGCAAGAGAGCACGUCAGUCCUUAGAGAAGGCCAAGGUUGUCCUGGAAGAAGAGAAAAUUAGUCUAACCUCAGAGCUGAAGACCCUCCAGGCCAGUCGCACAGAGAGCGACAGAGGACGGAAGAGAGCUGAAAGUCAGCUGCAGGAACUCACCGUCCGCCUCGCUCAGGCCGACCAGGAGAGGGAAGAGCGAGAAGAAAGAAUGCAAAAACUGCAGGGAGAAAUUGAGUCUCUCUCCAGCAAUUUGUCAACCUUUGACAGCAAAUCCCUGCGUCUCUCUAAAGAAGUCUCAAGCUUGGAGAGCCAGCUUCAUGAUGCGCAGGACCUACUGCAGGAGGAAACUCGCCAGAAGUUGUCUCUGGCCGCCCGAGUAAGAGCGUUGGAGGAGGAGAAGAAUGGAUUGACGGACAGGUUGGAGGAGGAAGAAGAGAAAUCCAGAGAGAUGACUCGGCAGAUACAGACUCACAAUCAGCAGCUGUCAGAGAUGCGCAAGCAGGUGGAGGAGGUGAACAGCGCUGUGGAGAGCAGCGAAGAGGCCCGCAGGAAGCUUCAGAGAGAGCUGGACGCCACCAUCCAAAGGGAGAAGCAGCGAGAGGAGGAGAAAGAGCGUGUGGAAAGGCAGCGGGAGCGCCUUAGGGAGGAAAUUGAGGACAUGACUCUGGCCCUGCAGCGCGAGAGGCAGAACUGCACUGCUCUGGAGAAGAGGCAGAAAAAGUUCGACCAGUGCGUGGCUGAGGAGAAAGCAGUAAGCACUCGUCUGGCCGAGGAAAAGGACCGUGCAGAAGCUGACAGUCGGGAGAAGGAGACUCGUUAUCUGGCCUUGUCCAGAGCUCUACAGGAAGCCCAAGAACAGAGAGAUGAGCUAGAGAGGUCCAACAAGCAGCUUCGCUUGGAAAUGGAACAACUAGUAAACCAGCAGGAUGACGUUGGCAAGAAUGUCCACGAGCUGGAGAGAACCCGCAGGGCUCUGGAAGCAGAAGCGGAGAGCCUCCGAACUCAGACAAUGGAGCUGGAAGAGGAGCUAACGGAGGCGGAGAACUCCAGGCUGAGGCUGGAGGUCACUCUGCAGGCGCUCAAGGCUCAGUUCGAGAGGGAGCUCAGCAGUAGUGAGGAGAAGGGAGAGGAGAAGAGGAGGGCCCUGAGCAAGCAGGUGCGGGAGCUAGAGAUCCAGCUGGAAGAGGAGCGUACUCAGCGCUCCCAGGCCGUCCUGACCAAAAAGCAACUGGAGGCCGAGCUGCAGGACUCCGAAGCUCAGGUGGAAACAUCCAGCCGCAGCAAGGAGGAGGCUGUCAAGCAUCUGAGAAAGCUCCAGGCUCAACUCAAGGAGGCGCUUCGAGAGCUGGAUGAGGCCAAAAUUACUCGAGAUGAGGUCAUCGCGCAGUCUAAAGACAAUGAUAAGAAAAUUCAAACACUCGAGGCUGAAGUUCUGCAGCUCACUGAGGAGCUGACUGUAUCCGACCGACAGAGAAGACAAGCUCAGCAGGAGAGAGACGAAAUGGCCGACGACAUGGUCAACAACAGCUCUGGAAAGACGGCGCUAUUUGAAGAGAAGCGCAGGUUAGAGAUGCGUGUCAGCCAACUGGAGGAGGAGCUAGAAGAGGAACAGACCAAUGCUGAGCUUCUGUCAGAGAGACAAAGAAAGAUGGCACUGCAGGUGGAGACGCUGAACGUUCAGCUGCAAGGCGAGAGAACCCUGGCUCAGAAGGCAGAGGCGGCACGGGAGCAGUUGGAGCGGCACAACAAGGAUAUGAAGACACGACUGGAGGAACUGGAGGGAACCGUCCGAGGCAAACACAGGCUCAGCGUCGCCGCCCUAGAAGCCAAAAUUGAAUCAAUGGAGGAGCAGCUAGAACAAGAGCGACAGGAGCGCGCCAUGGCAAACAAACUUGUGAGGAAGACUGAGAAGAAACUAAAGGAGGUGUUGAUGCAGGCGGAAGAUGAGAGGAGGCACGCCGACCAAUACAGAGACCAGCUGGAUAAAUCCAUGGUUCGCUUGAGGCAGCUGAAACGUCAACUGGAAGAAGUAGAAGAGGAGAACUCGCGUUCAAACGCGCAGAAGAGAAAGCUGCAACGGGAACUAGAGGAGCUGACGGAAAACAGCCAGAGCAGGAUGCGCGAAAUCACCACCCUGCGCAACCAGCUCAGCGUCCCUGAACGGAGACAAGAGCAACGUGCUCCCUUGCCGCUAGCGAUGCGCGGACGUCGAGCCCUGGUGGACGACUACUCGUUGGACAACUCUGAUUCCGAAGAGCCGCCUGCCUCGCCUUCUUCGCUAAUUCCCCGAACCCCCACCCCGUCCUCGGAGCAGAACCUGGACCCUAAUCCGCCCCCCUACAGUGUCAACAACGUACAACAGUGA